CAGGCGCGUCUGUGGCAGGAUGUGGAGACAGCAUUGAGGUGUCUCACAUGACUGCUGCAGUGUUUACCCGUGCAGGGAGAGGGGGGAUUUUAGUUGAAGAGAUUAAAAGGGAAGCACAAUAAUUAUUGCUGCAGCUUGUACUGUAAUGUAAUCUAUUGCAUGGAGCCUGUGCCAUGUUCAUUUUCACUUUUCUUUUUGAAGACGAGGGAUGUAGGAUUAAAUUAUCUGCAUGUGUUUAGUACUUUUUCGACUACCUCGUAGAUAAGAUUUUUAGAUGUAUUUAUUAUUAUUAUUUUUUAUUUUAUUUAUUUACGUCUUGGGACCAGUACUUGGAAUAGUUAAUAGUGCUUUAGGUCAAAUUUGAUUUAGGGUUAAAAUUAAAUCCGUUUCUAACCAAAAAGGGAGCGUAAAUAUUUCCAAUGGCAGGUGGCAUUUCGUUGUCGCUGUGUGCCCGUUUGAGUUACUCUGUGGGUCAUUUUCUGAACGACCUGUGCGCUUCGAUGUGGUUUACCUAUCUGCUGGUCUAUUACCACUCGGUGCUGGGGUUUGGUAAUACGGUCGCUGGGGCGCUGCUCCUCGCCGGACAGAUAGCGGACGGGAUCUGCACGCCUCUUGUAGGCUACGAGUCUGACCGGACGCCGGGCUGCAGGGAUUAUGGCAAGAGAAAGUCCUGGCAUCUUGUGGGUACGGUGAGCGUGCUCAUCUCGUUCCCGUUCAUCUUUAACCCGUGUAUGGGCUGUGCUGAGGGCACCCCUCAGUGGGUGGGACUCGUCUACUUCAUCCCCUUCAUCGUUGUCUUCCAGUUCGGCUGGGCGACUACACAGAUCUCCCACCUCUCCCUAAUUCCGGAGCUUGUCACCAAUGACCAGGAGAAGGUGGAGCUCACUGCAUACAGGUACGCUUUCACUGUGGUUGCCAACAUUGCUGUGUAUGGGGUGGCCUGGCUACUGUUUUACUUUCAGGCUGGCCAGACAGGUGACCCAGCGCAGGCGGAGAGCCUGGGGAGGCAGGACAUCCCUAUCUUUAGGAAUCUAGCCCUCAUAGUAAUUGGGCUAGGGUCGGUGUUCUCAUUGCUAUUCCAUACUGGAACAAAGGAGAAAGAGCGCCCCCUGCCUGCCUCCCCAUGCCCUGCAGAUGAGCGGCAGCCCCUGAUCACAAGGUCCCAGGACGCUGGGGGGCGCUCCCUGCUACAGUGGAAGCACUGGCUGGUCGAACCUGCCUUCUAUCAGGUGGCGGGGCUGUACAUGUGCACAAGACUAAUUGUCAACCUGUCCCAAACUUACAUAUCUAUGUACCUGACAAACUCGCUCUUCCUGCCCAAGAACUACAUCGCUACGAUCCCCCUGGUGAUGUACAUCAGUGGAUUCAUGUCCUCCUUGAUCAUGAAGCCAGUCAACAAGUGCAUCGGCAGAAACAUGACGUACUUUGUAGGCCUGCUGCUGAUCCUGGCCUUUGCCUGUUGGGUGUUGCUGGACCAUAAGAUGGGGAAGUCGGUGUAUGGAGCCGCCGUGCUGCUGGGUGCUGGGUCAGCCACCAUCUUAGUGACCUCGCUCUCAAUGACCGCCGACCUCAUUGGGAGAAACACUCAAAGUGGUGCCUUUGUGUAUGGGGCGAUGAGCUUUACUGACAAAGUGGCCAAUGGAAUAAGCGUGAUGAUAAUUCAGAGUCUGCACCCAUGCCACACACAGGUGUGCUGUCCUGCUUGUGUCUGGUUCUACCACAUCGUCAUGGUGAUUGUUACUGGGGGCGUGGCCGUUGGAGCGGCAUUCUGCCUGUGCAGCAUACUGAUCUGGCCAAUCGGGAUCCGAGUUCGUCAGCCAGCUGUCUCGGGCCUGCUGGGGGCUUCAUCAUCACUCAGAGAAGACAUUGAAGAUGACCAAAGUGUCAACUAAAGAAAUCACUCUGGAAACCGUUCUCUGGGAGCGCUGUGUUGUCCCUUUUGUUAAUGAUCCCCUUUUCUCUGCUCCAAGCAUUCAGGUCUGCCAGUGUCAUUCUCUGUGUACUGUGCACUACAUUGGGGAGAGGAAGUAAUUCUGGUCAUACAUGGAUUCAGAUAGAAUAGUGCUCAAUGAGACCAGGUCUGACCAGUGUGCAGGACCAGUGCUGUAGUGUGUGGAAACCUCAGCUCUGAAGGAAAUUGCUGCCAGGGGAGCCAGAAAACUAAUUUUAAAUUAUUUUUGGUGUAUUUUGAAAGACAAAUGUGCUGAUCAUUAAGUCCAAAGUGAAAAAAUUGUUUUUUUGAAUUUUAUUUUGACUGUAAUCCUAAAUCCAAAGGGAGAUUUGUUUGUAAAUGCAAACUAAAUCGGUCUACAUUUUAGAUAUAAUUUACUGCCUUCAUCUAAAAUAAAGAGGCUGUAUACCUGACCUGCCCAAGAGAGCAUCACAUCGUACAAUAAACCCUCCAGAGCUAAUCUUUUUAACACACAAGAUAAACAUGUCUUAGAUAACGCUGAUAACCUUAACAGUGGGUAAGGGCAUUACACCUAUCCUCCACGCUCAGGUGUGUUUUUCUUUUUCGUUUAACUUUAAACCUGUCUUAAACAGACUGUGGGAGUUUUACCAUAGUAAUUCCAGUUGUGAAGUUACCAUGCUGUCUCUAAGGGAAUGUUCUACGGGCUAUCUGGCUGGGUUCAUAUUUUCUAUAGCUUACCUGCAGAAUCCUAAUUACUGGCUAUUGAAAAGACUUCCUAGCUCCAUUCAAGUCAUGUGACAAUGUGACCUUUCAAUUCUAUGGCUCCACCUGCCCUCUAUAUGUUUUGUAUAGAUUUUGUUUUUUUAAAGUUAUUAAUAUAGAAUACUACAUGCUUUAAGAACCCUGUCUUUUGUUAUCAUAGGGUUACUACAAUCAUUUACAGAUAGAAAAGGGAUUCUGUAUUCAAGUGGAAUGAACUAAGAUAUGCAUUGAUGUGUAAAAUAAUGUAUAUUAUUGUAAUUUGACCAAUAGUCAUUUAUUAUACAUUCAAUUAAUGAUAUGAUAUGAAAAUGGUUACCCUGUUGGUAAUGCAAAAAAUAAA